AUGGUAGGUGAUUUUAAUACUUAUCUUCAGUCGCAUGAAAAAAAGGGACCAGGUAAUUUUAGCUUGGGCUCUGCUGCGGAAUUCAAUGCUAUGAUAGACUCUUGUUCCAUGGCUCAACUGCCUUCAAGUGGAAGAAAAUUUAUCUGGAGUAAUAAUCGAAAAGCUGGUAAUGUUUCGGUUGUGCUCGAUAGAAGCUUCUAUAAUGAGAAGUGGUUAACUGUUUUUCAAGACUCAUCGCAACUAAUGCUGCCAAGAAUUGCUUCUGAUCAUGGGCUGAUUUUGAUGGUCUCUGAUGCCAGCCAACAUCCCUCAAAUUGCCCUUUUUGCUUUCACCAAUUUUGGAUGGAACAUGAAGGCUUUGUUAGAGUUGUGGCUUUGUCAUGGUCUGAAUGGGUCUCUGGACCGCCUAUCCUAUUUCUCACUUCUAAAUUGAAGCGGCUGAAGAAGGACCUAAAAUCCUGGGCGAGAUUUGCCUUUGCUAACUUUGAUGAAGACCUAGAGCAUGCGAAGAAGACUCUGAACCAGAUUCAUGACCAGAUUGCAAGUGAAGGGAUGAACGAUCACCUAUGUGCUAUGGAAGCUGAUGCGAAGACGGGAUUAGUGAAAGCCUUGGAAAACCAUGAAAAAUUCUGGGCGGAAAAGGCGAGAAUCAGAGCUCUCAAGAAACCGGAUGGGACCAUUGUGGAAGGGUAUAAUCAGAUAGGGGAAUACAUUGUGGACUUUUACGAGAGGUUCCAUAGAGCCUCCACCACAGUGAAUCAUGAGGAUUUAUUGGAUAGUAUUCCAAAAGUUCUUAAUCAGAUGGACUAUCUUCCUGGGAAUAAGGAAAUAACGAGGGCAGUUUGGGAGCUCGACCCGGACAGCUCAUCUGGCCUAGAUGGAUUCUCUAGUGCAUUCUUUCGCAAAUGCUGGGAUAUGAUGGAAGUGGAGGUGUUGAGGAAAUUUGGCUUCUCCAAUAAAUGGAUCAAUUGGCUACACCAACUCCUGCUAUCGACCAAAAUUUCUAUUCUGGUGAACGGAGGUCCUCAGGGCUUCUUCGGGGUGGAGCAUGGCCUGAGACAAGGUGAUCCUAUAUCCCCCAUGCUGUUUAUCAUAGCAGAAGAAGUUCUGUCUAGAGGGUUGUCAAACCUGGUUCAGAGCAAGAGUCUCAAACAAAUCAGUGGCCUAAGAGGCGUUAAUACUCCUGGACACAUUUUAUUCGCAGAUAAUAUAUUCAUCUUCACCAACGCCUCAUUGAGAUAUGUAAAUACUCUGAAAUCUUUCUUGAUGAAGUAUCAGGACUUUUCAGGCCAAUGCAUCAACUUUGAGAAAAGUAAGCUUUUCCUAGGAAAGAUAGCUCCUGCUCGCAAGCAGACAAUUUCUGAUACCCUUGGAAUUCAGAUAUGCACUUUCCCAACUCGCUACUGA